AGAUUCAGCGAUUUCACUUUUUGAUCGACAAAUGGCGACUAAGGAACAUAAACUUUACUGGCGAGUUUUUCUUUACCUGAAUAAAGGAGUAAUAUUUCUGUCAAGAAGCAUGGUUUCAAAAAAAUUAGACUUACAAUAUGUAUAUGAUGGAAACUUAAACAAAAUUGAAGGCCAACUAAGAAAGAAUGGGAUCUUGAAUGAGACCGAUUUAGAUGUAUUAUUUCCUGGCGAUGGAAAAACAAAUAUGGAUAAAUGGAAUGCAAAUCUGUACCUAUGCGUAAUACCCGCACUAUUUCGGGCCUUGUUGGCACCGAAAGAAAGGACAAAAUUAGGAGUUGCUCAAAAUGUUCUCAAAGAUCUACUUGAAAGGCAAGGAGACACCAAAUUAGAUAAGCCAUCAUAUGAAGAACACAUAGAAAACAUUGAAGAAGCUUUUGUCGUUCUAACAUUUGAUAAGAGUUUGGCGAUAAAGAUUGUUGAAAUGAAGAAAGAGUAUAUAGACGAACCUCUAGAUUAUAUUAAGUUACUAAAAGAAGUUGAGAAAAUGGUUGUCCCUAGUGAAACAAAGCAAAAAUUAGUAGAAUUUCUAGAAUCAAUGGCUACAAAAAACACAAAGCCAAGUUUCAAUGUUCUUGAAACCACCGAAGAUUUAGAACCAACAGAACAAGAUUAUGUACAGGUUUUACAAAUGGUUGGUGAUGCUAAUUCUAUGGCUACGGAACUGAAGAAAGGCGUCAAGUUUGAGAUGAUUAGUACCACACCUGAUGCCAGAGGGCAGAAAGACGGCAAUCUCGAGAUACUGAUACAGAUGAUUGCUUUGGAUGGCAGUGGGAAUGAUUGGAUGUGGGACAGAAACAAGUUCAUUAAAAGAAAGUUCCUCAUGCAGGAAAUGUACCAGAACUAUAUUAAGGGUGACCCAGACUGGGACGUCCCACAGGACAAAGAUCCAUUUUGGGAACCAGCAGAUCUUGAGAAAUUGAUAGGUACCACUAAGGUCCUGCUUCAGUCGAUAGCGUACAAUAUAGACCUGGAAGAAAGAGUCGACAUCCACGACAACAAGAAAAACAACCAAGGCAAACUUGACGUCGCUAUUAUACCGUGUACCAAAGAGUUCAUACCUCUCCAAGAGGAUGACUUUGUAGACGAUCCAAAAGAAUUGAUAGGAAAACCAGUUUACUGCAAGAUCGUGAUAAAAUCAGCAAGAGGUCUACCAUCAAAUAUUGACAAGAGUUUCUGUAGAUAUAAGUUUUACAUGGAUCAGGACUACACUCACACAAAGGAGAUUGCAGGAACGAUCAACCCAGACUUUCAACAUGAGAAAAAGAUCACAAUAGAAUCUGUGACAGAACAGUUUAUUGACUACCUUAACACUUCAUCUCUAUGCAUUGAAGUCUUGGGACGACAGAAAGACAUAAUGGGCAAAGGAAAGGCUAUAGUUGCACCAAAGCUUAAAGACAAGACAGAUGAAAAAGGCGGUGUAUCCAGUAACAAACAUGGAGCCCCACCAUCCACAGUUAGUGAUAACAUUGUCAAAGAAAUGGCUACUUUAAACAUGUUAAAGAAGCAAGCUGCCGAAUCAGACAAAAAACUGAGUAAUAUUUAUGACUACUUAAAGAAGAGGAAGGCAAUGGGACAUGACGCAUUGAUGGUAUGUUUGUACAUUUCUUUUGAUUGGCUAUAAUGUUCAGUAUUAACAGUAGGAAGCCGUUAAAAGUGGAACUGCUAGUCAAGGUUGUUAGUAAGAAAGUAUCUAUAUUGUCAGAAUAACUUGCCUUCAGUCAUGGUCAUGUAUUUGGUUCUCCUGCACUCUCA